ACAGAACGUUUCUAACCUCACUUUUUCCCCUUCCCAUCUAAUUUUUCCACAAAAAUCACAAAAAAUGAUGAAUUUAGUGAGAAAUUUGCAAAAAUUGCAUAUAUCCAGCACUCUUGGGAAUGUUCUCCUGAAGCAGAAGCACCAUCCACAGGUAGACAUGGCCAGGACAACGAGUUUCUUCGUGAAAUUGCCCGCUGAGCAAAUCUGGAAGGGUGUAACAUCCGUGAGUAAUGCCGGGAUGAAGAGAGGUCGUGGCAGAGGAGCUGCAAAGAAGAAGGGUAGAGAUUUGAAUAGAGGACAAGUGAUUGGUGUUGGAAAGAUCAAUAUGGUCUGGCCAGGACUUAAUGCUCCCGUAGUUCGUGGCCGGGAGCUUGUAAAGCGCGAGGAACUGCCUGAGGACAAGGAGAGGGAGGCACAGCUGAUAAAGUUGAGAGAUUCAAUGGGAUUUAAGCGGAUGGGACGCCUCAGUCCAAUUGAUCGUGGAUGGUCCGGGAAUAAAAUGCCAGGACGGAGUAUUGGUGCCCCAGAUCCAAUUGGUGAUCAGACAUUCGAGGGAUUCGACACGAGAGUGCUUGAAUUGAAGACAGUUUUCAUCAUGAAGAGGAAUAUUGGCCGCAGGAGACGUCUUUCCGUGAUGGCAGUGACCGGGAAUGGGAAUGGUGUUGGAGGAUUCUCCGUGGCUAAGGCGAUUGACACAAAGACAGCCCUGAGAAAGGUGAAGAAUCGUGCAGGGCAGAAGUUGAUGCAUGUGGAGCUCUGCAAUGGGCAUACCGUCUUCCACGACAUCUUCAGUCAAUUCGGGAAGACGAAGAUCUUCAUCAAGCGGAAGCCUGAGGGCUACGGGCUCGUCUGCCAGCGUGCCAUCAAGACUAUUUGUCAGGUGAUUGGCAUAAAGGAUCUCUAUGCCAAAAUUGAGGGCUCCCGGAAUCCUCAGCACAUCGUCAAGGCCUUCUUCCUGGGUCUCCUGAAGCAGCGGACGCACCAGCAGCUGGCUGAAGAGAAGGGGCUCCAUGUGGUGGAGUUUCGCAAAGAUCAGGGGAACUUCCCCACCGUUGUGGCAUCCCCAAGUCGCUGCCGGACCGAAGAUGAGAUUCCCAGCAGUGAAAUUCUGGACUUUACGCAGCACGGUCUCGAUGGGAAGAUUGUACUGAAGAAGAAGAAGUAUCCGCCCUUCUACGUCGGCACCCAUGGGCACAAUAAGUAUCUCCGGAAGCAGGAGAACGUGCGGGGCCACUAUGAGACUCGCAUAGACAUGAAAGUCCACUACGGGGAGCUCAGGAGCUUCCUCACGGACAAAUACCCCGAAUGCAAGCCCUAUGUGCGCCCCAAAAAGGAUGAGCAGCAGGAAUAGAAAGCCCCCAAUUUUGUGAAUAAUUAGUUGAUUUUUAAUUAAAUAAAAUGUUAUAAAA